AUGCGGAAUAUUGUUGUUGUUGUUGUAUUGGCAACGAUAGCCACGGUGGCGCUGGCUCGGCCCGAGCCGCCGAUCGCCUCGUCGUACUUCCCCUCGUCGUCCGACUCCCAGGGUGGCGGCUAUCCAGCCCCGGUCUACGGCCAGCCGGCCCAGCAGCCCGUCAUCCACAAGCACGUGUACGUGCACGUGCCGCCCCCAGAGGCGCCCGAGUACAAGGCACCGAAGUACGUAGCCCCGGCACCGCCACCGCAGAAGCACUACAAGAUCGUGUUCAUCAAGGCGCCAACGCCGCCCACGCCCACGGCCCCGGCGAUCCCGGCGCUGCCGCAGCCCGACGAGGAGAAGACCCUGAUCUACGUGUUGGUUAAGAAGCCCGAGGAGGCGCCAGAGAUCCAGCUGCCGACCCAGGCACCCACGCAGCCCAGCAAGCCCGAGGUCUACUUCAUUCGCUACAAGACUCAGAAGGAGCAGUCCGGCGCGUACGGACCACCGAACGCCAAUCCCGGAACACCGAUCGACAAUUACGGACCACCCAGCGCCAACGACGGACCCUACAAGAAGAAAUAA